ACAGAAACACCAAAAAUUAAUUAUGUUUUUAAGAAAGUCCCGUGAUGAACGUUGGUUCGGCGAGUGAGUGACGCAAUUUGGUGCUAGGGGAGGGGACCUCGGCGGCGGCAGCAGCAGCGGCGGCGGCGGUGUAGGAAAGAGGAGGAAGCAAGGAUGGCGGAGUCACACCUCUGAAGCAAACCUGAAAAGGAUGAGAAUAUUGAUGACCUUUGCUGCCUGAAUUCGGAUGCACCAGAGGCCUGUGGAUUGUUUGCAGUUCAAACAAGCUUGUGGCCCAUGGCUGCUACAGUCCAGCUACUUCAAACAAUUUUUUUCUUUGAUGGCAUUUUAACAAAGGAACAACAUAUCCCAAGCUAGGAAAAAAUCCCUUGAGAUCACAAGGCCUUUGUUAGGAGGGUGCUUAUAAUAAAUGUGUUGGCCUGCACCGAUAUGUAUCAGUGUACACUUCUCUGAAAGCCCUCCAGGCUGCCCAAGUUUCUUUUGUCCUGAGUACGUAACCUUACGAGAAAGACUCCCAUGAACGACUCAGCAGGGGGCCCGAUAACGUCAACAUGAGUAGUACUGUAGGCAAAGAGAAAGACCUGAAAGAAAAGGACCCUAAAGGCAGUCUGGCGGGUAAAGAAAGGGAAAAGGAGGCCAAGGCUCCUCCCGGCUUAGGUAAGGACAGUGGAAAGGAGGCCAAGACCAAAGGGAAGGAUGCCAAAGACGGCAAGAAGGACAACAGUGGCGCACCACCGGCUGUCGCCUUCUCGGUUGACAACACGAUAAAGCGGCCGAACCCAGCAACAGGUACCCGCAAGAAGUCCAGCAACGCUGAGGUGAUCAAAGAACUCAACAAGUGUCGGGAAGAAAACUCAAUGCGGCUGGACCUAUCUAAACGUUCCAUUCACAUGCUGCCCACAUCCAUCAAGGAGCUGGCACAGCUGGCAGAACUCUACUUGUAUAGCAACAAGCUGCAGAGCCUGCCAGCAGAGGUGGGCUGUCUGUCGGGCCUGGUCACCUUGGCCCUGAGCGAGAACUCCCUGACCAGCCUGCCUGACUCUCUGGAUGCCUUGAAGAAGCUGCGAAUGCUGGAUCUGCGGCACAACAAGCUGCGGGAAAUCCCUGCUGUCGUCUACCGUGUGACAUCGCUGACCACGCUCUACCUACGUUUCAAUCGAAUCACAGUGGUGGAGAAGGACAUCCGGAACCUGUCCAAGCUCACCAUGCUCAGCAUCCGGGAGAAUAAGAUUAAACAGUUGCCUGCGGAGAUAGGGGAACUAUGUAAUCUCAUCACUCUGGAUGUAGCUCAUAACCAGUUAGAGCACCUACCCAAGGAGAUUGGAAAUUGCACACAGAUAACCAACCUUGACUUACAGCACAAUGAGCUCUUGGAUCUCCCAGAAACUAUAGGCAAUCUGGCAAGCAUUAAUCGCUUAGGUCUGAGGUACAACAGAUUGUCAGCCAUCCCCAGAUCAUUAGCCAAGUGCAGAGAACUGGAGGAACUUAAUCUAGAGAACAACAACAUCUCAGUGUUGCCAGAGGGCCUCCUGUCAAGCCUGGUGAAUCUUACCAGUCUGACGCUGGCAAGGAACUGCUUCCAAUCCUACCCUGUGGGGGGACCCUCGCAGUUCUCCACCAUCUACUCCCUCAACAUGGAACACAACCGCAUCAACAAGAUCCCAUUUGGCAUAUUCUCCAGGGCCAAAGUGCUGAGCAAGCUCAACAUGAAGGACAACCAGUUAACCUCUCUCCCGCUGGACUUUGGCACGUGGACGAGUAUGGUGGAGCUGAACCUGGCAACUAAUCAGCUGACCAAGAUCCCAGAAGACGUCUGUGGCCUUGUUUCUCUUGAGGUAUUGAUAUUGUCCAAUAAUCUUCUGAAGAAGUUACCGCACGGUAUUGGGAAUUUACGAAAGCUACGGGAGCUUGACCUGGAGGAGAAUAAGUUGGAGUCCCUCCCAAAUGAAGUCGCUUACCUUAAAGACCUACAGAAACUGGUGUUGACUAAUAAUCAGCUGACUACGUUACCUAGAGGCAUUGGGCACCUCACCAACCUGACUCACCUGGGUCUGGGGGAGAACCUAUUGCAGCACCUGCCUGAGGAGAUUGGUACACUGGAGAACUUGGAAGAGCUGUACCUCAAUGACAACCCCAACCUGCACAGCCUCCCGUUUGAGCUGGCCCUCUGCAGCAAGCUGUCCAUCAUGAGCAUCGAGAACUGCCCCCUCAGCCACCUGCCGCCCCAGAUCGUUGCCGGAGGCCCAUCCUUUAUCAUUCAGUUUCUUAAAAUGCAAGGACCGUACCGUGCCAUGGUGUGAGCCACGCCUGCCCUCCAGCCCGCCUCCCUGCCACCCUGCAGCACACGGCACACCGAGCCUCAGCAAACGCUGUGUGGGGCAAGCAGGAAGAAGGAGAAAACGGAGAGACGUGUCGUUUGGUUCUUUCUCUAUCCAUGGGUGGAGACGAGAUACUCCAGGUUUUAUCUGGGUCGUUUGGGGGCCUAAACCACUCCUGCCCAUUUCUUUCGCUUGGAAUUAUGUAAGAUGAGAAAUAUCCCAACUGCCAAACCUGAACAUAUACAGAUACAGAUAUAGAUAUAUAUUGAGUUACUGUGAGUUAAGUGGGACAUGUCUUGGCCAUAUAAAGCCGUGUGCCCACUGCCAAUGUAUUUACAGUAAUUACAUGCAUCUAUCACGUGAGCAAAGAUACAAUUGUAUGCAAAAACAAACAAAAAAAUGUCUGCAACUUAUUUACUGCUGCUGCCAUAAGUUAUAUUAACAUUGUCAUCCGCUCAUUCUUUUGAUAUUCUUUUCCUUUUUUUUAACCACUUGUUGACUAGAGAUGGAACUUGUUGACCGUAAAGAACAAAGGUCUGAUUGACAGCGGGUUUUUUUUUUUGAACUGUGCCUAUGUCAAAAUGAUCCAGUGGUUCAUUUCUAUACAAAAUUUUCCAUAAGAAUACAAAGGUAUACAUUAUUUCAAUAUUCCUUUUUUUUAUGAUGAGUCAGUUUUUAAAUUUCAUUUUUAGCAUUCCUUUCACUGUUAAAAGUAAUCUGUAAAAAGCAAGUGAUAUCAGUUGUCAUUCAAGGUGGUCAGAUGUGUUUAUUGGAAGCAGUAGUGGUUAAACUUUAAGCUAGUAAUGUAUACAUACAACAAAUGCAAAGUGUAAAUGCUUCAAAAAGACAAGAAUGGGGGGGGGGAAACAAAUUAAGUUGGACUAAAAAUCCUCCUAAAUUGGGCGCUACAUGUAUAGAUGACGGGAUGUAAUCAGAGACAUUUUUAUAUACAUAUAUAAAACCUUAUUGUUGCCUUGAGUGCAAUUGUUAGCUCUGACAGUGUUUACUUGUUGAUAUGAUGUUGGGUGUGGGGCUGCAGAGCUGUCAUGACGUCAUCGUUGACAACAUAUCAGCAUUAUAUUUAAAAGGAGGGCGUCUCGCUCCGUGGAACAAAUGGUUUGGGUUGGUCCGAGCUGCAAAACAACACCUUGUAGUCCUCCUGUCCUCUCCCGCCACACGUGUCCGCAGACCACCACGUGUCCACAGACCACCACGUGUCCGGUCGUGGAACACGCGCCCUCCCUCUGAAUUCUCUUUUCUUUGACUUGUUCCACACUGUCCCAGCUUUGCUGCUGUUCUAAUGCACUUUUACAAAUAAACACAUCGGCAUCUUCUGUAUUGAGACAGACGUCGCGCCAGCCUCUCGUCGGUUGUAGCGGAUGAGGACGUUUUGUUUGAGAAAUGAGAAGUAUUUUUUUCUGUUCAACCAACGGUUAAGCAUAUGCGAUGACGUCACAUGAUAAUGCGACUUUCAAAGGCUGAGAUUGUGCGUGUGCGUGUGUGCGUGUGCGUGUGUGAGAGUGAGACCUCUGCAGGGGACAUGCUCUGUAUGAACGGCCAGACGAACCGGAUCUGUCCCGCUUCCCUCAUGAGGAGCAAACUGGUUUAAGUUUGAAUUAUUUCUGUUCAGAUCAGCGUAGUUCAUUUUUAAUCAGAUGUUUUGGGUUUUUUUUGUAACAAUGAGAUCUGUAUUCAGUUAGUAUUACUUCCAGUGACUGUACAUUAAAAAUUCCAGCGAAAUGUAAUCAACCAAACCCCCCCCCUUGUUUUGGGGGGGGUGUCUCAUCCGAACUCGAUAUUUAAUCAUUGUUGUGUUUUGUGUUGAAAUGUGUGGGUCUACAAGUCGGCAGCGGCUCUCGGCGUGCGUCUGGGGAAGGGGGCGUGGCCUGUUCGCCGUGGGAGAGUCGCGUGAGCGCCAGUCAGUCUCCAGGACCAGCGGUCCGGGCCGAGGCCCGCUGCUUCUCCUUUACCAGCAGAACCUGUUGCUGCUUCUGUGACCUGGAACCUGAGCUGGGGGGGCGGGGCGGGGACAGGAGGGCUGGGGAGGGAGUGCUCCACCCUGAGCCCUGAUGCAGAACUUGGGUGCGGGUGUUGCUAACCCACCGACCUUAUUCCGUUUGGCAGUAGGCCCGGUGGUUUUGAAACAGCUCAAAUCAUUUGGACCGGAGGACGGGACUUCACAACAAGGUGCAUAUUUGAGCCUGACGCGGUUACAGUACAAGACAUUUUGUCAUAAAAAGACACAAACGAAAAUGAACUAAUUGUAAAAAGGGCUUUUUCUGUUCUCACUCGACAAACCGGAGGCAUUGCAUUCCUGGGUUUUCUAUAAAAUCUUCGGAAGAACUCGUUGUGUGUGU